GUCGCUCUUCUCAUUUAUCCCUCUGUCUUUUCGACGACUCAACACAGCACAUUGUGAAUCAAAUGGAAAUAACUUCGGGCGAUGUCUUCUAUUUCUGAGCUGUAUUUCUGGAUUCCACACAGUCAAUUAAUUAUGUGCGAAUGGGGGGGGGGAUGGUUCGUUGUUAAAAAUAGCCUGCCACUUGAGGAUGAGGCGCCGAAAUGAACAGGUUGCUGCUUAUUGAAACUUACUGGGAGCAGAUGCGAAAAGAUGCUUCACCCUCAUCUAACCUCUCGUGGAUCGGUUCACUUCUCUUUAAAUCUUCCAGGAAUGCAUGAUACACAACCUGAAAAUACUGCAUGAAACAUUUACAGAUUCACAACGAAAAUAAUCGAACAUUCGUUUGCCAUAUGUGUUUAAUUGAAUUCGUUAUAAAAACGUUGACUUCGAUAAGAAGACAACAGAGGAAUCUAGCAACUGCUUGUUGAUGGCACUACGCGCCGGGAGGACUUGGUUUGGGCAGGUUUUGCGCAGAGUUUCUAGGCUGCAGGGCUCGUGGUCCCGGAGAUCGAGCAGUCUCCUGUGUCUCUCUGCGAACCCGGAGCAGGAUCUGGGGACCUGUUACAGGGAUCACACUCUUAGCAAUCUCCACUACUGCUCCUCCGUCCAGCGCACCCACCGUCACCAACACGCGCCAGUCUGUCCCUCCUCUUCCAGCCGCUGCCAACGCUUUCCCGAUUGCUGCGCAGCCUUCCCGGGGGAUACGAGGGGACAUGAGCCCCUCACUCGCCGGAUCCUGGUGGUCAUGAAGCGGCAGAACGUGCGGACCUUGUCCCUGAUCAUCUGCACGUUCACGUACCUGCUGGUCGGGGCCGCGGUGUUCGAUGCCCUGGAGUCAGAUUUCGAGAUGCGGGAGAAAGAACAGCUGGAGGCAGAGGAGAAGCGUCUCCAAGGGAAAUAUAACAUUAGUGAGGACGACUACCGCAAACUGGAGACCAUCAUUAUGGAGGCCGAGCCCCACAGGGCCGGAGUUCAGUGGAAAUUUGCUGGAUCUUUUUACUUUGCCAUCACAGUCAUCACCACCAUAGGUUAUGGCCAUGCAGCUCCCGGCACAGACGCGGGGAAGGCCUUCUGCAUGUUCUAUGCCGUCCUGGGGAUACCCCUGACCCUGGUCAUGUUCCAGAGCCUGGGCGAGAGGAUGAACACCUUCGUCAAGUCCCUCCUGAAGCGCAUCAAGAAGUGCUGUGGCAUGCGCAUCACCGAUGUUUCCAUGGAGAACAUGGUGACGGUGGGGUUCUUCUCCUGCAUCGGGACGCUGUGCAUCGGGGCGGCCGCCUUCUCCCACUACGAGGACUGGAGCUUUUUCCAGAGCUACUACUACUGCUUCAUCACACUGACUACCAUCGGCUUCGGGGACUUUGUGGCUCUGCAGAAGAACCGGGCCCUGCAGCGGAGGCCCCUGUACGUGGCCUUCAGCUUCAUGUACAUCCUGGUGGGUCUGACUGUCAUAGGAGCCUUCCUCAACCUGGUGGUGCUGAGGUUCCUGACCAUGAACAGUGAAGACGAGAGGCGGGAUGCCGAGGAGAGGGCCUCGCUGGCGGGGAACAGAAACAGCAUGAUCAUCCAUAUCCAGGAGGAGACACUGGGGAGAGGAGGUGGUGCCAGGAGGAGGCGCAGGGAAACGCAGGGCCAGUUCUGUGCCGAGGUCACCGACCUGCCUUCUGUAUGCUCCUGCAUGAACUACCACUCACAUGAGUUUGGUAGCUGUGGGGGAGGGAUGGGAGGAGGGAUGGGGGGCGGAGGGAUGGGCUGUGCCUUCUCCCACCAGAACUCCUUUAGUUCCCAGUUGAACCCCCACCAGUACUUUCACUCGGUGUCGUACCGCAUCGAGGAGAUCUCUCCCAGCACCCUAAAGAACAGCUUCUUCCCUUCGCCCAUCAGCUCAGUCUCCCCAGGCCUCCACAGCUUCACAGACAAUCACCGACUCAUGAAGAGAAGGAAAUCUAUCUGA